AUGUCUUCCCCUUCUCCCCUCACGAUCCUUAUCACCGGCGCAAACCGCGGUAUCGGCCUCGGCCUAGUCUCCCUCCACCUAUCCCAACCCUCCACCACCGUUAUAGCCUCCGUCCGUUCCCACUCAUCCGCCUCACACCUUCAUUCGCUUCCUAAAGCACCUAGCUCGCGGCUCAUCGUCAUAGCACUCGAUAUCGCAUCCACCGAAUCUAUCAAGACUGGCAUCGCUUCCCUGCCCAACGACCACGGCAUCACUUCCCUCGAUGUCGUCAUAGCAAACGCUGGUAUCGCUGGCACCACACCCAAACUCCGCGACGCUACUACAUUAGAUAUCCAGAAUUACAUCAAUGUGAAUGCGUUUGGCCAGCUUGAGCUUUACAAAGCGGUCUUUCCCCUACUGAAACGCCAUGCUGGAUCUACGAGUAGCCAGGUCCAACCCAAAUUCAUCUACAUGUCUAGCGCGGGCGGAAGCCUGCAGAGCAUGAGCACUAUUGUUCCGCUUUCGGCGUAUGGAGCGAGUAAGGCGCUGGCCAAUUUCUUGUUCAAGUGGCUUGCGCUCGAGGAGACUGGUGACGAUAAAGUGCUAGUUUGGUGCCAACAUCCUGGCAUGGUCGCAACAGAAAUGGGAAAAGCCGGAUUCGAUCCUUUGCAAGAGCAAGGGAUCGACUUGAGCGCACACAUCAUCUCUGUGGAGCACAGCACAAAAGGGAUUAAGGGUGUGAUUGAGAGCGCAACUUUGGAGCAUACGAAUGGGAAGUUCCUUGGGCCUGAUGGCAGGGGAUUACCUUGGUGA